AUUAGUUGUGCGAUUUCAAUGGAAGACUUUGUUGAAUAAAAUCAAUCUUUUGUUUCAAUCAAACGCGAGUUACAGUUUAAACAGUGAAUAUUUAAUCAUAAAAGACUUUCUCGUCCUUGUUUGAACACGUUUUCUAGUUUGAGCUUGUUUUAAGAUCCAGCUCGCUCGUUGUGUGUGAAUAAUCUGACCCGAUCUUCCGCAGUCGCAGUAGUUAACUUUGUUGACGAAAUGAAAUGUCUUUUUAUUCAGUCGCGAUUGUGAAGAAUUGUUCUUAAUUUUAUUCCUCAGUGAAAAGUGACAAUGCAAACAUAUCGAUUCAAAAGAUAGAGGUGCAGGACAAUGUAUAUUUUUAUUAUUGAGCAACUCGUGUGAAUUUGUGUGUGGUGGUAUUUCUCCAAACGGAUUGCAUUAAAUCUAAAAAAACCAAGAUGGCGGUAAAGAAGCACGAGCUGGUGCAUGACAACCGCAAUCAGCUGGACCUGACUGCGCUGGUGCAGUACAUCCAAAUGCAACCAAAUUACUUGCCGCCACCCAGUGACCUCAUCAAGAAUUGCCAAGACAUCGUGAAAUGCCUUGCCCGCGUCCGCGGCAGUGAGGAGCAGUUGUGGGAGCACCUGCAGUGUGUGGAGGAAUACCUCCUUCGCGUCGUGAACUCCGUUCACAGCACCAUCCGCCAUGACAUCAUCACUGCUGUCCUCGCCAAGUUUUACUCGUUCAUCUCUGAUCCGCAGUCGGACGCCUGUCCGUCCAUGUCCGUGGUGCUGGUCGUGUUGGAUAGCUCGGACUCCGAUUCCACCCUGGCGGCCGCUCGCUGGCUGGUCCAGCAGGUGGACAAUGGGCCCGCGGUGGCUGGUCUCCGCGCCUCCCUGUCUUGCCUGUACCGCUGGAUGUACGAGUGGCACGGCACCCCCGCCCUCGGGGAUUGGGUGCAUGCCUACAUCAAGGCUCUCGAGGAGAACGAACGUUUCGAUAUCCUUAUCGAAGUGUCGGUAGACAAUAUGAGCCGGCUGUUUUUGGCCCUGGAUGCCCCGAUCGGCCUUCGUCAAUCUGUCGCCGACGUCAUCUUCCAUGUCAUGGCGGCGCUGCUGGAGUCCACCGAUGCGCUGGAUAGAAUCGCGCCGCACGUAGGCCGCGUGCUGGUGAACCUCGCCGCCGACAGCGGGCAAUGGAGCCGCCAGCUCUUGCAGAACGUUGUCGAUAUUAUUUCGGCCAUGAUCCAGCGCUUGCAAGAAGGGUUGAAGCCUGAAGGCCUGGAUGCGUUCAAGGAGAAAUAUUCUGGUGUGAUACUAUGCCUUGAGCGUCACAUGGCAUCGUGUGGCAACCGUUACCUGCAAGUAUACCCGUGGCGCGCGCGCAACGUGUGCCUGACCUCCAUGAAAUCCCACGUUCCGAUCCGCAAGGUCGGCCUGCUGAACCUGGGCAACACCUGCUACAUGAAUAGCGUGAUGCAAGCGCUCCUGGUCACCAGGCAAUUCAGCACUCACGUUGUGCUGAAGAUGACCGGCGUACCUUACUGGUCGAAGAUGGGGAUGUUGUUUGCGAAGAUGAUGCAUUCCGUCGCCAACAAGAUCAACCCAGAUGAGUUCUUCAAGGUGGUCAAGCCCCCAUUCUUCACCAGGAACCACCAGCAUGACAGCUCCGAGUUCCUCGGGUAUCUGUUUGAGCUGCUGCGCUCGUACGAGCACUGCUCGGACGUCAACUUCGACUACUCUCGCCCCGCGGUGCUGGCCGGGUCCAGCCGAAUGCGCGCGAUUGCUCACGCGCAAGCUGCCCAGUCUUCCAGUGAUGAUCAUGGCGACGCCAACGCCAAUAGGCGCUCCGCAUCGCCGCGCCCGGGGAGCAGCGCCGCCGGAUCAAGCUCCAACAAGAGAUCUCAAAGCGACGAGGUCCUGGUGCCUCCGAAGAAGCGCUGCUACCGCGUGCGUAGCGAUCCCGAGCCUUUCUUGCGUCGCGACUCUUUCGUCGAUGGCAUGUUCGGAGGCGUGCUUCUGACGCGUGUCGAAUGCACUGAAUGCCACUCGUCGUCUCUUUCUCGCGACGUGUUCCGCGAUCUCCAACUCGCGUUCCCCGACAAGCCAGAAGGCUGGCAACACAGCGUGCAGAACCUUCUCGAUUUCUACUGCUCCAAGGAGCGGCUCACCGGCGAGAACCGAUACAUGUGCCGCGACUGCGGCGGCCUCCGCGACGCCGAGAGGAGCGUGCUGAUUGAAACCACGCCCAAAUAUCUGAUUCUCGUCCUGAAGAACUUCAAGUUCGACGCGAAGCUGCAGGUGCAGACCAAGCUGAUGCACACGAUGUUCCACAACCACACGGUGGCGCUGCCGACCGUGCGCACGCAGGCCGACCACGCCGGGUACGUGCUCUACGCCGCCGUCAUCCACGCCGGCACCACGCUCGACUCCGGCCACUACUACACCCUCGCUAAAGACAAGGAGCAGUGGCAUCUGUACAACGAUGACGUCGUCUCGCACUCCGAGGAGAGAGAGCUGAGCAACUCCAACCGCUCCAAGACCCCCUACAUCCUGUUCUACCGCCGCAACGACGUCGAGGAGGGCACCGCCCCAUCCAUGGAGGAACUCCCCCCCAAGUACCAGGAGGCCGUCAUGUCAUACAACAAGUCCUACGUCGAGACGAUCCGCAAGGUGCGCUUGGGGCGCCAAUGACAAUUAAGGUCCGACCGAUUCCUAGACUUCACGGUGUUGGACUACGUCAAGCCCGAAAUGGAAUAAGUCGAACCCGUUCUUAUUUCAAAAAGUGACACGCACGUCAACGUAUUUAUCAAUGAUAUUUGUCGUAUUUAUAAUCGAGAGCGAAGCUACUGAUCUGGAAUGAUUUCAUGAGUGAAGGUUUAAGAAGCUGGUUAGAAUAUUAUAUCUCAUUGAUGUUUUAGAUUAUAAUCAAUAGGCAGUGUACCUUCGUUUAAAAUAUGUAACACUUCUUUUUCGAUGUUUCGAUGGUUGUCAUAUGGAGACUUAAAUAUUUUAAGCCAUUUAACACAUUGAUAUUUAUUAGCACUGAAAUGUGUCGUAGCUAGUUGUUCUAAGAUUGAAGUAUUUAACAAGUAUAUCCAUAUAGUAGAGAAUAAAUGUUUACUUCGAUGUAUUAAUAAUAAUACCUUAUAAUAAUCAAUUAUAUUUAAACAUUCGUGUCACUUUUUGAAUAAAAAUCGUCUUAUACGUGGUACCUUUGAUAUAAAUGUUUUUAUCGUAUGAAUUUUCUUUAUAAUAUUAUGAACUAUUUUGACUCCAAUGAGUUAAAUAUAGUUAACUUUUCUCAGUGAGUGGCAAUAUGAUUAUAUUUACUUGUUGAUUUUUACCUAAUUUAGCGAGGUCCCAUAGCCUGGCGUUAUGGGAUCUUGUACUUUAAUUAAGUUUAUGCUAUUUAAUUAUUAUUUUUUUAUUUCAAAAAUACUUAUUUCUUUUUUGCAGAAAUGAAUUGUAAAUAUAUAGGUAUGUAUACUUUAUAAUAUCUAUGCGGCAACAAUAAUGAAUACGUAUAAUAUUACAAACUACAACAUAUUCCCUAAAACAUGAAAACCUCAAAAUAAUAUAUUAUGUACUAUGUACGUCUGUUACGUGAGCCAUAGUAGAUCUAUCUAAACUGUGUUACUUGAUGUCUUCUCUAACAACUGAUGUGACCUUCCAGGUGUCAAAGCCAGAAAUAUAUCCCAGAUAAUCUAAAUAUUCAGAUUUUAUAGAGUUGAUCACUUAAUUUAUUUAAAAGAAACCUAUCACACGCAGUAAAAUAACGUUCUGAAUGUUUUUUUUAUGUAAAUAUAAAUGACUGUUGCUCCUCGAGUUUAAAUUUUCCUUGUUUUAGGGCAGAUUUUUCAAUCAUCGGAUAAAUUUUAACUGAAGAAUAAGUUUGGCACAUUGACAGUUUUAGUAUUGGAAAUAUGUCAAAAUGACAAGCUUAUUCUUCAGUUAACUGACAAUUGAAAAAUCAGUCCCUAAUCAUAUAUUUUUCCAAAUUAGAUAAUAUAAAUUGCGACCUCGUGGAAAGUCAUCCAAACCUUCGAACUUUUCUCGACUGUUUCAAAGAAAAGUACGCAUGGGUCGACAGUUACAAUGCCGUAAUAUAGUUUUGUUUAUACAGAUUUUAAUUUUAAACAAAUAAAGAGUUCUUUAUUAUUAUUAUACUUUGUUCAUUUUGUGUAAAUAAACUGAGAUCUCGUAGAGAUCUUUUCACUGUAAUUAGUGCAUCCGGUUGUUAUUUCUGUGCCACACGAAAGUUGUCCGUCGAGACGAGGGCGAGCCUUUUGUACUGCUCAGUAGUCAGUCCGCUCGAUACUUUUAUGUGCACACAGAAAUGCAAAAAAAAAGUGCUAAACAGAUUAUAUAGCGUUAAAGUGUACAUUUUAUUAUUAUUUAGAAAUAAGACUGCAACAUUCUACUGCGGGUGGUUUCUACCUUUUUAAAAUUUCAUAUUAGUAGUAACUUACACAUCAAAUAAUUCUCUCUUGAUAUUUUUAUAUUUAAAUGAUACAUGAACUAUAAGAUCUUCCAUGUCGUUUAUGCGUUUAGGAUCGGGCAAUCUCCUUAAUUAUUUUUAUUAUUAAUAUACAUACAUACAUACUUCGUAUAUUUUCCGCCCGCGUUGUGAUUUUUCCAUGUAAAAUUGUUGAUGAAUUCAAGGUUUAGAUUACGGGAUUCUGUAGGUAACCGCAUGCAACAACCGAUAGUAAGACAUUUUAUCUUUUGAUUACCUUAAAACUAUUUUUAUUUAAUUUUAUAGUAAAAAAUCCGCUGUCGUGAUCUUAGUUCUAUUCUUUCCUACUUUCACACCUGACUUAUAUAUCUUUAAUCAAUUUGAGUACCGUUAAUUAAUUUUAUUUUAUUAAAUUUUUAACAUAACCCUGUUUUCGAUCAAAUGAAAUUAAUCUGGUCAAGAGACCAUUCUUGCCAUUAUUUGACUAAACUUCAUGCUAAAAUAUACCAAAGUGUAGUUUAAAUAAACCAAUUUUUAAUUAAAAUGUGAAAUGGCUCUCAUAUUGUUUUAAAAUUUACCCAGACUGUGCUACAGGCUGCGACAAAACCUACUCAACAACUCGACGCGCGUUCUAUUGUUUAGUUCGCGUAACAACUAGAAUUAGCCAACGCGUGUUUUAAUUAAGACCAAAUCUUUAAGUGGCUGAAAUAUGCUUCUAGAUCCAGUUAGCGUAUCAUUAUAAUACAAACAGACGAUGAUGAAAUUUGAAGUUAUUAAAGGUUUUUAUUAUUAUGACCAAUUUACUGAACAAAUAUAGGUAUUCGGGAUUACCUUUGCAGGAGGCUGAUUAGUUGCUUACAGACACAGAACUUAGCGCGCUGUCUAUGGCCAUUGUAUCUUCUCAAAGUGAUUUAUUUUAAAAGACUUAAUUUUACUCUCUCGUAAUCUUAUUGCCCAUGGAAUUGCCCAGCUUCAAAUCUGUUAUAUUAAACACCAAACAGAUUUUGAAAUCUUCUCAUAAUUUCAUAUUAAUUGUAUUGAUAUGAAUUAAAUAUAUUUACUAUGUUUAUAUGUACGUUAUACAAUUGUUUCGCGUUAUGUCUUUUGUGUAAAUAUUUUAAACUCUAAAACAUUUAAUGUUAAGAUCUAGGUAUUCAGUCAUGUUAACAUUAGAAUAAGUAGGAAUAUCUCACUCGGGGCCUAUUUCCUGCCCCUUUACUGAAAUAUUGUAACACUUUCAUUUAUAA